AUGGCGCACAAUGCUUCUUGUCCGAAGGCUUUCGAGAAAGUUUGCCUCUUGGUCUCAAGACUCAGUUUAAGAUGUUGGAGGAAACAGCAAGAGCUCACCAUGAGAACUUCUGAGACAGCUGGAAUCAAAGUCAUGGUGUUACGAUAG